AGCAUGACGGCCCGCCCGCUCCUCGUGUCCGAGAGACAAAAGGGCAACCCCCUCCUCAAGCACCUCAAAAACGUGCCGUGGAAGCACGACGCGACCAUCACCCCGGAUUACGUGCUGGGGGAUAGAAACUGCGCGGUCUUCAUUUCUAUAAGGUACCACAUGCUCAAGCCCCAAUAUCUUGGUAGAAGAUUAGCUGAAUUGAGGGCCGAGGGGAGCCGCUGGCGGCUGCGUGUGCUCCUCUGCCUGGUGGACGUCGAAGAUGCGACGAAGGCAUUGCACGAACUGAACAUCCUGGCACUACGCAUGGACUGCGUGCUGUUCCUGGCGCACGGCCCGCAGGAGGCGGCGCGGUACUUAGAGUGCUUCAAGGCCUACGAGAAGAACUCGGCGCAGUGCAUCAGAGAACGCGUCGACCCGUCGCACGCCGGGCAAGUUGCGGAUGCGUUGCAGGCCAUCAAACCGUUAAAUAGGACGGACGUGGCUACUUUGUCAAAUAGAUUCGCGACGUUCGGCGAUUUAUUACGGGCGAACCUCGACGAUCUGCGCGCUUGUCCCGGGCUGGGCGACAAGAAGUGCUCGCGGCUGCACGACGCGUUCGCGCGGCCCUUCGACGCCGCGCCGGCCGCGCCGCCGGUCGCCGCGCCGCCACCGCCGCCUCCGGAAACGGCGCCGCCACCGCCUCCGGAAACGUCUCCGGAUGACCCGGACGCGACCCAGGACUGA